AUGCCCGACCUCUCAGCAAUGAAAGCCUCCAACGCCCUGAUCCCCAAGUACCUCCCAGCCGACUUCACCGCCAUCUUCGUCGGCGGCACGAAAGGCAUCGGCGCAUACUGCCUGCUCGCUCUCCUGCGGCACCACCCCACCACCACAGCCCGAAUCUACGUGCUCGCCCGCUCCUCCACCCCAACGAUAGACCAAGCACGUACCCUCGCUCCCAACGCGACCAUCACUUUCAUCAAAUGCGACGCCAGCCUCCUCAAGGAAGUCGAUCGUGUAUGCGCUGAGCUCCAGCAGGAAGUGAAGACGAUCAAUGUGCUGUAUAUGAGUCAAGGAACACUGGACUUCAGCGCCAGAACAUCCGAGGGACUGCCCACGAUGGCGGCCCUGGCGUACUACUCCCGCAUCCGCUUCGCGCAGAACCUCCUACCACAAUUGCGCGCUGCGAGCGGCCUGAAGCACGUGGUCAACGUGCUGUGUGGAGGAAAAGAAGGCCCCCUGGACGUCGACGACUUGCAUCUGCAGAACCGCAAGGGAAUGCCGAGGAUCAGUGAGAUGAGGGGCCAUUGCGCGAGUAUGCUGACGCUGGCGAUGGAGCGACUUAGCAAAGAGGCGGAUGGGGAGGUCGGUUUUGUGCAUAGCUUUCCGGGGCAUGUGGUGACGGGGAUCGCGGAUACGAUGACGGGGCUGACGGGCGUGGUGAUGCGGCUAGCAACGAGAUUCGUGAUGCCGUUCUAUGCGAUAGGUGGAGAGGAGUGUGGGGAGAGGCAGGUCUUUGCGGCGACUAGUGGGAAUUUUGAUGAGAGAGCUGGGAAGGGUGGUGUUGAGGUUGUGGGGAUGGAGACCGCGGUGGGCACGGACGGCGUGGUUGGGAGUGGGAGUUAUGCUGUGGAUGAGAAUAAUGAUGUUGUUGCGACGACGGUGCCGGUGUUGAAGAAGAUCAGGGAGAGUGGUGAUGCGAAGAAGUUGUGGGAUGUUACCAAGAGUAAUAUGGAUAAGGCGCUGGCUUCGUAG